GGGAGUUUCAGCCAAGUAGUCGGGGACGCGCACCCAGUGAUCUCUGCGCACGUUCACGAGCAUGUAAACACCUGACCGCUGCAGUGGGACUGAGCCCGCAGAUUUUUCCAAAUAGAAAACCAAACACCACUGCAGAGCUUCCUGUUGAUUCCACAGCUGUGUUGAUUGUGAGCAGGAUGGCGGAUGAGGAGAAGUUGGGAUCAGCGGAGCAGACGGUGGACAGCGGCCCGCUGCCGGACUCCAGGCGGCGGACUCGGCUGUACUGCAUGAAUGGCGGACACCACCUCCAGAUCCUCCCUGAUGGGACCGUUCAGGGCCACAGGGAUGACGAAGACGUCCACAUUGUUUUAAAGCUCAAAGCUGUGGACAGAGGUGUGGUGGUCAUCCAAGGAACAGAAGCCGGGCGAUACUUGGCCAUGAGCGACGAGGGCCGAUUGUACAGCUCACCCACAGUGACUGCUGAAUGUUACUUCCUGGAGAAGUUGGAGGAGAACCACUACAACACAUAUAUACCUCAGAAAUAUCAGGAGAAGAACUGGUACGUAGCUCUGAAAAAGAAUGGAAAACCUAAACUGGGUCCUAGAACUCACAUCGGACAGAAGGCCGUCUUCUUUCUGCCCCGACGGCUGAGUGACUCCGGGGAGUAAAGACACGCUCGGCACACAGAGAUACCGCAACCUAAGUGGAUGGGAGCUGCACCGAGAUACACUUUAGUUCAGUACACCUAAAUAUUAAGCCUUUUAGUUCCUGAACUGGGCCAGAACAAGAAUGAAUGUUUGGAAAAGGGUUGAUAAGGUACUGGCUUGAAGAAACAAAUCUGUCAAGAACAAAAGGGGGCGAAGUUGCAAUAAUUUAACAGAUAAUUAUUAGGGAAAGGACCAGCUAGCAUCUUAGCUAAAAUACUGUAUGUAUGUCAUCAUCUUAUUUCCCCGCUAACACAUCCCAUUUUAGCUGGUGGCAGAUCUUCUUAUUGCAAAACAUGAAGCGCAAACAAGAAAACGUGUUCCACUAUAAAGUUAUACACACAUUAUAAAUAUUACUAAAUGAUGUAGCACAUUAAGUCACCUGAAUUAGUAAUUAUCAUGUAAAAUUGUCUCCAGAUGUCAAUGAAGAACAGAGGCAGGAAUAAGUAAUGGCUUAAAUUAAUUAGCAAAUGCUUAAUAAAAAAUGUCCCAUAACUACCCCACAUGUAACCCACUGACUGGGAAUGUUAGUUUGUUGGAGGUCAUGUGCUUCGAGUCCUUUCUAGUUUGAGUUUUCUGCAGUCAACGCUUUGCUCUCAAGGAGUACUGCCUCUGCAGAUUAGUAGACAAAAGUAUUAUUUUCCAGCUUGAAAAGGGCUGUUGAGCCACUCGCCUCUCUGUACAACACGAUGUAAAGCUGAAAAACUAAUUCCUUAUUUCCAGCAGGUACACUUUGCUGCCACCAAUGUGUAAAAUUACUAAAUGACCAAGUGCACCAUUGAACAGACAAAAGCUGCCACUCUGUUACAACCUUGAGCCACACACA